UGUUGUUUGGAAUAUCGUGAGUCGUAAAUAAAAAUGCAUUCAAUGGACUGGUAUUUCAUACUAUAAGUGUACUUCAUGUGUGUUAAAACAAUACUCUACCUGAACACCUUCAGUGAAUAGCGAUAACUGGAGUUAAGAAGUGGUUUACUUUUGGUAUUUUGUCAUAUGUUGCACGCCUGCCUUGGAGUCUUGAUGAGGACAAAAAAUAAUCAGUAAUUCCGAUGCUAAAUUGAUAAUGCUAAAUAGACCUAACCAGUCUUCCGGCACGUUAUUGCGCUUUCUCGUGACAAUGAGGUGGCUUAUGUGUGAUUAUGUUGUCUAAAGUAGUCAUUAUAGUCUUAAACUUCUCCAUAAUGGUUGUUAGAGCUGGUAGAGAAUAAUAUCAACAUGAGUCACAACCUGGCAGGUAUGCCGUCAUACAGGCUACCAGGCCCCGGGCUGGGGCCCCCAGAUUUUAAGCCGCCGAUGGAUACGCCCACUCCUCCAGCACCGGCACCCAGCAAUCCCAAAAAGAGGAGAAAAACAUCAAAUGCAAAUAAUGCUUUAACACCACAGCCACCCCCAACUGCCCAAGACUUACUGCCACCUCCGCUAACAGGAUAUGGAGAUACAAUCGUUGCUUCAAACCCGUUUGAUGAUUCACCCUCAACAAUAUCACAUAAUGGGCCAAUGAUGAGUCAGAAUGGCCCUAUGAUGAGUCAGAACGGUCCUAUGGGGAUGAUGGGUCCUAUGGGGCACAGUAUGGGUGGACCUCCAAUGAGGCACAUGAGCCCUUUACCUCACUCAAUGAGCCCAAUGAGUCAACAGAUGCCACCUAGAGGUGGUAUAAGCCCUAUGGGAAAUAUGAGUCCAAUGGGUCACAUGGGUGGCAUGUCACCUAUGGGUGGUCCAAAUAUGGGUAUGAGUAACCACAAUAUGGGUCCAGGCAUGGGCCCAACAUCAAGGUCAAUGGGUAGUCCAAUGAGUCCAAUGAACUCUAUGCCGAUGGGGUCACCAAUGUCAUCAGGCCCAAUGGGUAGUCCAAUGAAUAUGAGUUCAAUGGCAGGUAGUCACAUGAGUAAUAGCCCAAUGGGACCACCAAUGCACAGUCCUCUGGGUGCUGGAUCAAUGAAUGGACCAAUUAACGGACCAAUGGGUGGAGGUGGUCCUGGUAUGAACGUCCCUCGUAUGAAUGGACCAAUGGGGCCUAGUUGUUCAAAUGGAUCGAUGGGCCCAAAUAGUUCAAUAAUGUCACCAAGUCAAAUGCAAAGUGGAGGAAUGGGCCCUGGACAUUGUGGUGGGAUGAGACAUGGCAGUCCGAUGGGAUCAGGAAUGGGAAGUGGUCCAAUGGGUGGGAAUGGUCCCAUGACUUCCAUGGGACCUGGGCCUCCAUAUUCUGGAAAUCAUAUGGGGCAUGGUGGGCCUAUGGGUAUGGGUGGCAGCGGAUCUAUGGGGAUGGGCCCCGGGCCAGGUAAUAUGGGAAAUUGUGGCCCUCUGGCUGGGAUGAGUGGAAUGUCAAUGGGUGGUCCGGGGGGACAAGGAGUUGGCCCUAUGGGGCAAAGUAUGGGAAUGUUUGGGCCUAAGCCUAUGCCAGUGAGUGCGGGGAAGGUGUAUCCUCCUGACCAACCUAUGGUGUUCAAUCCCCAGAACCCCAAUGCCCCACCAAUAUAUCCAUGUGGAGUAUGUCACAAGGAAGUUCAUGAUAAUGAUCAAGCUAUUCUUUGUGAAUCUGGGUGCAACUUUUGGUUUCACAGGGGGUGCACUGGCCUAACGGAACCUGCGUUCCAGUUAUUGACCGCGGAAGUCUACGCUGAGUGGGUUUGUGACAAGUGCCUACAUUCUAAGAACAUACCGCUUGUAAAGUUCAAACCAUAGCGAUGCACCAUUCUAACCCCCCUUGUAUGAGUGGACAUCUACACCCAUCACAAGUAUUUAUUUCACUACAUCAUGGACUUAAUUAAAAUUAAUUUAUUUAAUUGAAUCGGUCAAUAUAAAGGUUGACACUAAUCUGCACCGCACCGCUCAAGCACUACAGCUUGCCAUUCGAAUGUGGGUUUUAAAUUGUUUACGUUAAGUGUAUAAUCCCUUUUUCAUUAGGUAAAUAAAAAUUAAAAUAAUUGGUAUUUUUACACACAAUAUGCAAAUAUAAGAGCAAAUUGGUUUCUGGCAUUUGUAGAUUUGCAAGCUCACAAACGUGUUCAUCAGUUGUCCAAUCACUAACGACUAAAAAAAGUCGGACCUAAUUAAGUUCGCCUAGACUUCUACAGCCAAUGGUCCCACCGGAGCGUCUGAAAAAAAACAUUUAUAUUGAAUUUACGACUUUAAUACUGAGGAUAUUAGGUACAUUCAACUUUUGACUUUAUGGUGUUUUAAAUCUAAAAAAAACUACAUAUGAAAAUGUGCUUUAAUAAUUGCGAUUUAAAGAUCAUAUUUGAAUGGAAAGCUGUGUUGUGCCUGAAAGCUGCUGCGUACGACUAAGGUGCCGUUUCGCUUGGUUACAAAACCUUACUAAAUCGUAAGUCUCAAAGUAGUGCUAUCAUUUUCUAAAUCCUCCCGGUAGAAGGGGUUGGCAAUACUUUUGGAGUUGCUAUUCAGUUUGGUAUUUGUACACAGCCAAAUUAGCACCAGUGAAAGCCCUAAGAAGGAUCUCAUGGUAAUUAAGAUGCGUGAUAUAUGAAUGCGUAAACUCGGAAACUAUAAGAAAUGCAAUUCGCGAGCGGUUAAAUAUUUUUUUUAAUUGCAGACAGUCAAUAACUAGUCUGUUUUAUAUUUAUUUUUAAUAUGAAAUUAGAUAUGUUUUAGUAAUGACAAAAGUCUAAGGGUACUUUUAAAUUAGCCUGUAUAUUCCCCGCGUCAGCAGCGCAUCACUGUUAUAUUAUAACUGAGUGCUGAUGCUGAUGUGCUAGAAACUUUGAAUCAUUUGUGUGGUACAUAAAAAAAAACUAUAAACAAGUUAGAAUAUCUCAAGCAACAACCGAUGGAUGUCCACUGCUGGUCUUUUACAGGGAUUUCCAUAUUUCACGGUAUUGUCUAUCUGCUCACUGCUAUGUUGGCUGUUAUUGAAACUCCAAACUAUGGUCAAUUUAGCUUUCAAUUUGUUGAGUUAUAUCGUAUUCAAGUUCUUCUCCGGAUUUCCUUAUUUCUGAGAGAAUCAGCACUCUCCAUUCCCCUCAUACUCUGAGCGUUUAUAUCAGGCCUUUCAAUUGAGAAUGUGACAGUUAGCGCUGCCGCAUAAGUCGCGUGGCAUAUGGCGGUUAAUUUGAAUGCACCUUAAGAAUAUGCGGUAUAUUCUGAUUAAGAGAUGAAAAAAUAUACAAUCUAAUUUUGUAUCACAUUAAUGUUUACAUUGUUUCAUAGAAGCAGUUAAGUGAGGGGUCACUCGUUGACUUCGUUACUAUAAUUACUGAUCUCUCGUGUAACUGGUUUUACAACAAAUCGAAUAUGUGAUACAUGUAGAACAUUAAAUGAUAUUGGUAAUAACAAUGUUUGUGACAUUAAAACGUGUAAAAAAUCUAUAAAUUUAAUUUUUAUUCUAGGUAAAAUAAAAGUUUGUUUGUGCAUAUGGCAUGCCCAUUAAAUCAACUUAAUAUAAUUUUUUUUAGGAGUUUUAACUUGAAAAUCAAUUGUGUUUUUUCUUAAUCCUAGUCUUACAUCUUGCAGACAUAUAGCCCUAAAGUGUGAGAGAAAUUAUGUUACAAUGGUGUGGCAAUUAAAAUCGGCAUAAUCUUAAAUGUCCUCGUCUUUUCAACCGAUUGUCCACUUCUAGACGAGUAUUUUGUGGGGAUUUCCCAUAAAAUUUAAUCGGUACCAAUUCUGAGGUAAAAGGCCAAUUAUUAGGUGAUACAAUUAAGUUUUUGGAGGGAAGAGUUAUAUCCUUUUCUCGUGUAGCGAGAAUUUAAUUCCUCACUUGACAUAAUUUCGAAUUCGACCAAAAUAUUCUCUUAAAAUUCGGCAAGCACUCGCAAUACAUUGUUAUAAGUUGAUAUUCUCACUUUAUGGUUUGUGGUGCAAAUGACUUGGAUUAGUAACUGUUAAAUGAGUUAAAACGAGUAUGGCGAAAUUCAUACGUUUUUAAAUGUCGUGAAUCCAGCUCAGCAGCUGUUUUAUUAAAAUAUUCUGGAACAAGCAAUAUAGCCUUGGCCGGUUACCUUGGCCCAUUGUGUGUCGCUUUAUUCAUUGUGCAUAUUGUAAAUAUAUUCUAGAAUAAUCUAUAAGUCUAAACUUCCGCCUUAAUAAUAAAUGUGAAUCGUAAGAAUAUUGUCGACAUAAUUUUCAUUAAUACUAAAUAUUAAGUAGGCCCUAUAAUCUCUCGAAUAUUUCGUCUUCGCGAACAGCAUCAAUACAAUCUCAAUUCGAUACGAAAUUUAAUAUGGGCCUAUAUUAAUACUACAGCAGGCUGGAGGCAAGAAUUAUAAUCCCCGUUUAAAUCCCCUGACAAGGGAUAAAAUUAACGUGUUCACCUGCCAUAGCGCGGCAACAGAGGAUAAGAGCAGUUUACCCCGUGCAGUGGGAGAAGAUACAUUUAUAUCCUUUCCCCGAGGAGAAAAUUGUCUUCUGCACAUGCUAGCCUGAUUAUCUGCACGGUACUAAUUCUUAGGUUCACAAAUCACUGAACGAUACUAAUUUGACAGUUGUUAAAAAAGUGCAACCUUUUUUAUAGAGAGAAUUGCUUGCACGAUUUUCUGAUUUGUCACUUUAGUUUAAUUUAAUAAUUUAAAUACAGUCAAAUUAGCACAAAAGAUGCAUCGGUUCUGUAGUAUAGUUUAAUCUAUAAUAAAUUCAACAAAAAAUAAACUCAUCCGGUAAAGUUUUUCCCUACUAAGAAUAACUAGCAAGACCCAAAAAAAAUCUACUAAAUAGGUUUUUUAUUCGGUUAUUAUUGACUGUUAAGUUGCGUACUGGUAAAAUAUAUUUUCAAUUUUGUCUAAAAUAUUAGAUUAUAAU